AUGUCUGACGUCCACCACAAUAGCAUGACCAAGCCCAUCCCUGCCGACGACGAAGCCGAGACUAUCUUCGAGACCGUCAAGGAGGCUGUCCUUAAGGAGAUCCACCGUAUCAACCGCGACGAUGACCGCCACGGCCUCCACGAGAUGGACAAGUUGAAGCACAUUACCGAGUACACCCCCGUCCUCUAUGCCUACGAGGAUGUUGCCUUUGGCCGCAACUACUUCGGCAAGAUCCACUUGGGUGACGGGAAGUACAUCCACGCUCGCGCCCACAAGUCGAACAGUGGGGAGAUCACUUUCUACUCGCUCUUGACCACCCCCGAGUGCGCCAUCUGGGACAAGGACACCCCCUUGGAGUACUUCAUCGAUUAA